AUGCCUAAGCCGAAAAUUGUUCUGUACGCGGAAGCCCUGACCCACAUCGGGCAAUUAACUCUGCAUGCUUCUCUUCAAACGGAAAAGAACGAACAUACGAAAAUCCUGCUUUCCUCCGAUAAGAAAGUUAUUACCGCCAUUCACGACGGCGAGUCUUCCAGCAUCUAUCUUCCCACCCAAAUCUCCGGCAGUGCGCAUGUCACAUUUCCGUUUGAGAAGAGGACAGAAAUCUCAACACGCUUGCAGAUUGACGACGUCGGCCACUUGAAGCCUACAAGUGAGGCACUCAGCGACGUCGAAGUCCCUUGGUCUGCAGUCAGCCUGCAUGAACAUAGUUCUAUCAACUGCAGCCAAUGCGACGCUUGCAUUUUGGUGACGGACAAACUCGUCACCUGGAAAGAUUUGCCCGGUGAAAACUGGGCGGAUUUGAUGGACUUUUGGUUCUGUCAUAAGCCUAACAGCAAAAUUUCCCCCCAUGAUCACGCCGCCGAGUCCGGAGACCUCCCUGCAAAGGGUAAAGUCACUCCCUCUCCCGGCGUGGGUUUAGUGGAUACCGUUUCUUUCCUACUGUCGGAAGAAGAUUGUGCAAAUAUCGAGGUGACCAAGGACCCUUUAAAGGAAGGCGUCGGCGUCCUUCGAUGCCUUUCUUGCAAGAGCUGCCUCGGUUUGAGCGCAGAGGACCAAAAAAGCUAUCGUCUUUAUAAGUCCAGGCUUGCAAUAAUCCCAGAACCAGGUCAAGCAGCAGAAAGAUUUCCAGCUGCUGUCUUUCUGACUGCUCAGCUGCUGGCCUCAAUUGCGAGCUCGGUGAAUCGCAAGGUUGUUGUCCAUGACGACGACAACCAAUCUGACGCUGAUCACGGCCUUCUGCUUUGGAUCUUCAACCCAGACAUCUACUAUUCUAGCAGCAAACGUGGGCCCACUGCCCACCGUGCUAUGAAGGUCUUCUACAAAUCCAUUCCCCACCCGGAGGAGUUUCUGGACAGGACCGGCUCGAACUGCGAAGAGCUUGUCGUUCCCAAAGAAGACUUUUUUCAAUUCAAGCAAACCCUAGAAGAAAGCACUGAUAUCCUUCCUCAGUCGGCGCGAACGUUCCAGGACUGGAAUGUCGGUCUUCUUGAUCGAUGGGAAAAAAAUGCUACAGGUUCCGCGAAGAUGGACCAGAACCCGUUGAACAAGAAAGUGGACGAAGGAUUCGAGAUAUUCAAAUUGCCAGCAGGAAUGAAAGAACUUUACCUCUGA